AGAAAAAUUUAACGGUAAAUUAUAAAAUAAAAAUUGAAGCAUUGCAAUGGAAAGUCCUUAUGCACCUUUAAGUGAAUCUGCGGCGAAGGCUUUAGGCGAUAAGAUGUAUGAUAAAAGAAAAGUUGCUUCGCAAGAAAUCGAAAAGAUGGUGACUGAAUUUAACUUGAAAAAUAAUUCGGCUCAAAUACGUAAAUUGAUAGAGGUUUUAUCAAAUGAUUUCGCUGGUUCAAGAGAUGCGAACAAACGGAAAGGUGGUUUAAUUGGUUUGGCAGCUACAAGUUUGGGUUUAGGAAAGGAUUCCCAUAAAUAUGUCAAUGAAUUGGUUACGCCUAUCUUACAUUGUUUAAAUGAUCAAGACAUGCGAGUACGAUAUUUUGCUUGUGAAUCACUUUAUAAUGUGGUUAAGGUAUCUCGUUCAGCCAUUAUACCUUUUCUUCCGGAUUUAUUUUCUGCUCUCUCAAGAUUAGUAGCUGAUAACGAUCAAACGGUUAGAGAUGGUAGUGAGUUAUUAGACAGACUACUUAAGGAUAUUGUCACUGAAUCCUCUCAAAGCUUUAAAAUGGAAGCUUUUAUACCAUUGCUUAAGGAACGUAUCUAUGUGAAAAAUUCCUUUGUUCGCCAAUAUGUGAUAUCGUGGAUUUCCAUUCUGAAUGCAGUGCCCGAAAUCAAUAUGGUUUUAUAUUUAACAGAUAUCAUCGAUGGCCUUUUUACUAUGUUAGAGGAUAACACUCAGGAAAUACAGAGAAUGUGUGAGACUACAUUAACACAAUUCCUUAAAUCCAUACGUAAUGAUUCGUCGUCGGUGUGUAUGGAAGACACUAUUAACACCUUAAUAACACACGCACAAUCUCCUCAUGAACAGAUAAAGUCUAUUGCUUUAACUUGGAUACGGGAAUUUGUAUUAAUAUUUGGCUCUAAUGUUUUACCAUAUGCUAGCGGAAUUUUUACCGCCAUCUUACCAUGUCUAGAGUGCAAUGAGGACUCAAUGAAAAACAUUAAAGAAUGUGCGGUUUCCGUUAAUAAAUCUAUGAUGAAAUUGGUAUCAUCCAAAGAACACAAAACUCAAAAUAUUGAACAAAUCGAUUUAAAAUCCAUAAUGACAGUGUUGUCGCGUUACCUUAGCCACAAUUCAGCACAAACAAAGAUAGCUGUACUCGAAUGGAUUUAUCACUUACUAAUUAAUUUUCCUAACGAGAUGUCAACACAUCUAAAUGAGUUGGGUAACAAUUUAUUAGGCAUAUUGUCGGAUAACUCGGAUGAUGUAGUGUUAAAGUGCAUCUCAGUACUGGCCGAAAUUGUUAAUUCACAACAUUCCAAAGAGAGAGAUAUGGAUUCAUUUUUGAGUCUAUUUGAUCCGAGUCAACCAGACGAUGGCUUCGAUGAAGAGUCGGACAUUCGGAACAGUAACAGCAAUAGCAGUGACUCGAUUACGCAAAGCAGCAAUCAAAACAGUAGCAGCGAAAGUGAACUUGAUGGACAAAAUAAUAAAAUUGUUAUUGAUUUCGAUCAAGGCGUGUUGCCGCCCGAACCUCAGAUUGGCAAUAUCGAGUACAAACUGAAAUUGAUUAGUCCGUCAAAGCAGCGGUUUGAACAUUUAGUUACACAAAUGAAAUGGCGUCUACGAGAAGGUCAUGGGGAAGCUAUUUAUGAGAUCGGUGUUUCCGAUUCGGGACAUUUGCACGGUUUAAAUGAAAAAGAUAUGAACGCUUCUUUGUGCACGUUAAAGCAAAUGGCUCAUAAGUUAGGCGCCAGUACUUCAGUAUUACGUAUAGUAUAUGUGGCGGGAAGGCGUUCGGUGGCAGAGGUUUUAGUUCGAAAAAUACCGGACGAUCAGCAUAAUAUUGAGGUACGCGUAGCUGUCCUGGGGGGAGCAGACGCUGGCAAAUCAACCUUAUUGGGUGUCCUGACGCAAGGCGAAUUCGAUAAUGGCCGCGGCAGAGCACGAUUAAAUAUGUUUCGUCAUAUGCAUGAAAUACAAUCGGGCCGGACAUCCUGUAUCUCACAUGAAACAUUGGGUUUCGAUUCGCAAGGCAAAAUUAUUAAUUAUAAAUAUAAUGAAAUGAUGACGGCAGAGGAGAUCAGUGAUCGUUCUACGAAAUUGGUGACAUUUAUGGAUUUGGCUGGUCAUCGGCGUUAUAUGCGGACCACUGUACAAGCGUUGUCAGGUUAUUCGCCCCAUUAUGCUAUGCUCGUUUUGUCCGCAGGCGGGGGAUUUAAUGGUACAAGUCAAGAGCAUUUGUCUAUCGCCCGAGCUUUGGAUAUGCCCUUUUUUGUCGUUGUUACAAAAACAGAUAUCACCCCACCCGAUCAAACUGUACAGGAACUCAAAAAUCUUUUAACAUCGAUCGGAUGCAGAAAAGUCCCAUUCGUUGUAACCAAUACCGAUGAAGUAAUAUCGGCCGGUUCAAAUCAAUUUUCGGAAAAUAUAGUUCCCAUAUUUUGUGUCUCGAAUGUAACGGGAUCGGGUCUUAAUUUAGUAACACGAUUCUUAUAUGUACUAUCACCGGGCAUAAGUAAUUUGGAAAAGGAACGCCUAGAACAGGAGCCAUGCGAAUUUCACAUUGAUGAAAUAUUUCGGGUCUCUGAAGUUGGUCCUGUAGUGGGCGGUCUAUUGGUGAAGGGCGUACUAACCGAAAAUAUGCGUAUGAAAAUUGGCCCGUUACCAUGCGGCCGAUUUCAUUCUGUCACUGUGCAUACUAUACACCGAAAUAAAGCCCCUUGCAGAGUAGUUAGAGCCGGCCAGAGCGCUUCGUUAUCGUUCACGCCUAACCAAAUAUUGCCUACUUUGCGAAGUGGUAUGGUAUUGUUAAACGAUACUGGCAAUGAUGAACCGUGUGGAACAUUAUUCUUUCAGGCAAAGGUGUCAGUAUUAUUUCAUGCUACUGCUAUUUAUGUAGGCUUCCAGACAACUGUACAUAUAGGCAGUAUUCGACAAACUGCCGUUAUACGAGGUAUUAUGGGCGGUGAAAAAAUUGGCACUAACGACAGUGCUUCGGUAAUGUUUCAAUUUGUUGGUCACCCCGAAUAUGUACGGGCUGGUAUGCGCGUACUAUUUCGCGAAGGUUCGAGUAAAGGUAUUGGCGUCGUUACUCAAGUUUUUCCUCUUAAUAGGAUCAUAGGUCAAAACUAAGUCAUGAACGUUUAAUUUGUUACAAGUAAGCAACUUUAGUUUAAACAAGAAGAAGAAGAAGAAGAAGAUAAAUGAUGUUUAUUAUAGCACACAGACAAAAGUUUAUUUCAUAAUAUUUGUUUAUAUAAAAUUAGAAAUAGAAAGUAGAACUAUCCGAGUCUUGACAAUUUUGUAACACUUUAAAAUUCAUAUUAUUGUCAUUUGUAUAGGGAUAGUGCUGCAGGUAUUUAAUACUUGUUUUCCUCUCCUCCCCCUUUUAUUAGGAAAAGCAUUUCCGUUACGAGUUUUUUCUUUUUUUUACUGUGAUUAUUAUACCCAUCACCGGAUAUUAAUUAAUUUUGUCAUUUAAUUUAAAAAUUACCAAACUAUAAGCGUUACAACUGUAAAUAUAUUUCAGAUAAGCGUGAGCGCGUCAACCGAUUCAAUCGUAUCUAUUCGUUUCUUUGACGCUGUGAUUGUACAAAGCCGAAUAAGCUAAUAAAGAAAUCUUAAAUGCCGUCGUGUUCAAAACGAACACGAUUUAGUCCAAAGAACGACAAAAAGCAAUACAUAAUAUAAUUGUUUUAAUAACAAAAAAAAAAAAAA